AACUGGAGGGUGAAAUAAAUAUAUAAAUGAACGACCCGAACCUGCUUCGCAUUCAGUUGCAUUUCGUUCGUCCUUCCGAGUGGUUUCUGUGUUUUCAUCUCGUCGUCUAACGCAUUUUAUGUGAAGUGAUUGGCCUCCAAGCUGUAAUCAGUGAAUGUCACCCUGUUUCGUUCUUAUGAACAGAUCGAGAAGUAGUUCAACCACCAGUGGAAGUGUGAAUCCCAAGUUUGGGUGAUUAGAAUUGUGCAGUGGAAAACGUGGAGAGAUCUACGUCGUAGCGAAUAGGGACAGUUGUGCCUGCCGUUCAUCGAUAGGCAGUGCGGAUAUUACCUUUUUCUACUGUUCGCUAACUGAAAGGAAUGCCCUUUAAUUGCAGUCGCGACUGUGUUGGUAUUAGAUACCGCAUCAACUCCCUGCACCAGACCUGGAAGUGGCUGCACCAGACCAUCGCCCUGCACGAGUAUCUGAUCUCUAUGAGCUCGUCCGAUACAGACGUUACCGGCCAGGAAAUUAAGUGCGCGAUCUAAGGAGAAAUCCAACAACACAGCCUACCGAAAUCUUACCCUACUAGCGUA